AUGCACUUUGAUAAACUGAGAGAUAUUUGGGAGGAUCUGCGCACACGCUUAUCACAGAGGGAUGCACAACGCAUUUCUAGCCUACAAAGUGAGAUCCACAACCUUAAGCAGGGAACUCUCUCUGUUAACGAGUAUUACACUAAGAGCAGAACCUUGUGGGAGCAAAUGAACAACAUGAGGCCAAUUCCUCUCUGCAAAUGCACUCCAAAAUGCUCAUGUGAUCUCGUAGAAGUCAUCAGAAAUGAGAGAGAGUUGGAUCAGGUAAUUCUCUUUUUGAAAGGAUUAAAUGGAGAUUAUGAUAGCUUGAAGUCCAGUGUACUUGUUUUAGAUCCUCUGCCAGAAGUUUAUAAAGUUUUUGUUAUGGCUGAAAAAUUGGAGAGACAAGUUGCUUUGAGAAAUCUGAAUCUAGGUAAUUUUGAUCUGAAUCAAUCCAAUGCAAUUCAAAGUAAUUUGAGUGAGGAGAUUAUUGCUGCAUCCUCAUACAAUGGCAGAAAGUUCAAUGGUGCAAAAGCAAAAUGUACCUAUUGUGGCAUGUCUGGACACACAGUGGAUAGGUGCUAUAAGAAACAUGGAUUCCUUUCCGGUUGGAUUCAAGGCUACAAAACUAAGAAUAAACAGCCAGUUACAACAUCAUUCUUGAACAAUUCAGAUCUGGGAAUAACAUCUGAGCAAUUACAGAAACUUAUCUCAGCUUUUCAGACUCAACAAACACAACCAUCCGGACCAUCUAGUUCAAAUGUGACUUCUGCUAUUGCUUUAACUCCUAAGUUUGAUGAGCUACACACAGACAGUGAAGACAAUUUCUCUAUUAACUCCUUUUCUUUAAGUUCUCACACUUGGAUCCUUGAUUCGGGAGCCACAAAUAACAUAGUGUGCUCCCUUGAUUGUCUUACCAAUUAUCACAUGGUGGAUGAGGUUAAAGUGAACCUCCCUACUGGCCAAUGUAUAUCAGUUGAACAUAUAGGGGAUGCCAAGCUAAGUGAGAAUCUAUGCCUAAAGGAAGCACUGCAUAUCCCAUCUUUCAAGUUUAAUAUUGUUUCUGUGAGUAAAUUGAUUGAGGAUGCUGCAUAUACACUGACUUUCAUGUCCAAACAAUGCACAAUUCAGGGGAUUCAUGGGCAGAUAGUUGGUUUAGCUAAAGAAGAAAAUGGCCUAUACAUAUGGGUGGAACCAAAGUCACAAAAUAAGUGCUAUGUUAUGCAGUGCACUAGUCCGGAGCUUUGGCAUCAAAGGCUGGGGCAUUUCUCAACCAACAAGCUCCACCUCCUUUGUGAUAUUUAUAGAUCAAAAGUUAAAAAUAUAGCAUGUGAUGUGUGCCAUAUAUCUAGCUAA